AUGUCCUCAAGUUCAGAUUCUUCUACUUCAUCAGCCCCCACCCUUGUACCUUUGCCUCCCCGCGAACAAGCCCCCAGCAAGCUCCAAAAACCACCUGUGUGGCCCCUCACAGCCCACUCGGGCGUGUCUACCCCCAUAACAGCAAAGUGCGAUCGAGUUGAGCGGGAAAACGGCGUUUGCUGCAAGGAACUCAUCACUGAGCAACGUACUCUAGUAGACCCCGAUGUUGUGCGGGAUGUUGUUAUCGGACUCUCAGACGGCCUCACAGUGCCGUUUGCGCUUGCGGCUGGACUUUCUUCUCUAGGGGAAUCAAAACUUGUUGUGCUCGGCGGCAUUGCUGAACUGAUUGCGGGCGCUAUUUCUAUGGGUAUAGGUGGCUUCCUUGCCUCGCAGGCUGAGCGCGACCACUACCGCUACCUCCAUCACCAAACUGCGGAACGCGUGGUGAAGAGCUGCGCUGGUGAGAUGGAGCGCGAGGUUGCUGAAGUGCUUGGACCGGUUGGUGUUGAUGAUAAGACGUGCCGAUCUGUUGCGUCGUGUCUUAGGGAGGUUGAGGUGAAUGAUGAAGGGUUUGCUACUCGGGGUUCGGGCAGCGACGUGGAAGCCUCGAGGUUGAGGUGGAGCAAGGAGGUUGGUUUGACUGCUUUCUUGCUCAAGUUUGGUCAAGGCCUGGAGGAAAUCCCGGACCGGCGGAUGUACGUCUCAGCACUUACCAUUGGGAUGGGAUACCUCGUUGGCGGUGUGAUCCCCCUGUUGCCCUACUUCUUCAUUCCCAAAGCGCACAUAGCACUCGUCUACUCGUGCAUUGUCACUGGCAUCGUUCUCCUCAUCUUUGGAGCUGUCAAGGCCCGGGUAACGGGUGCUGGUACCGGGGCUGGUGGGUACGUGUGGGGCGCAGUUACCACACUUAUGGUCGGAGGUAUCGCGGCUGGUGCGGCGUUCGGCAUUGUCAAGGCACUGGAAGGAGGUUCCGAUUAA